CGUGUCGCGGAGGUGCAGGUGAAAGCUCAAUCUCUCAAUCUCGCAAGGAACCAGUACCGAACAAUUUUUGUGUCAAGCCGGAGAGCAUUUGAGAUCCUCCAGCUCCUACGAGGAAGAAGAUUCGCGAGUAUAUUCUUAGAGGCUCGAGCUAACAUGGAAAAUCAAGGAGGCCAAGAAUCUGCCGAAGGCCAAGCAGGUGCAAAAAGUCCUACAAGUCCGGAAGUUCCCACAAGUCCGGAAGUUCCCACAAGUCCGGAAGUUCCCACAAGUCCGGAAGUUCCCACAAGUCCGGAAGUUGCUACAAGUCCGGGAGUUCCUGUAAGUCCGGAGGAUCCGGCAGUUCCGGAGGGUCUAGCACUUCCGGAGGGUCCAGAACCCACGAAGGGUCCUGCACUUCCGGAGACUCCAGCAAGUCCGGAAGGUCCAGGACUCACAGAAGGCCCAGCACUUACCGGAGAUCCUGCACCAUCGGAAGCUCCAGCAACUACGGAAGGUACAUCGCGCACGGAGGGCCAAGCGAACGCGGGAAGUCAAGUAGGCCCAGCAGUUCAAGCAGGCCCAUCGAUUCAAGCAGGGCCGUCAGUACAAGCAGGCCCGUCGGCUCGAGCAGGCCCUCCGGCACCCGUUAAGUCGAGCUCAAUUAGUCAACAAACCACGGAAGCUAUCGAGAGUGUGGAAUUUCAUACAAGUGUGGAAGUUCAACCAACUACAGGAAGUCAACCGGCUUCGUCGUCUCAACCGGGAUGGUCAUUCGAUGCGACUGCGGACGCGACAACAGGAACGCUCGAAUCGUGUGCACUUUGGCUUUACGCGCAAGUCCUCAACUCCGAGUUGUGUCGCCACCCACGGUCUGUCAUUACCAGCACGCUUGGCAUCGUGUCCAUAGUUUUCAUCCUGGUGGUUGGGGGUGUGCGUUGUUUCUUCAUGUCAGGAUACGGACCUGCCUGUAUCAUCGUAGCUCUGACUUUCAUUCUUUUCUUCGUGCUAAGUGUGUCCAUGCUGAUAGCGGACUGUUAUCGGAGGAGAAUGGCUGAUCGCGGUCAUGUCUCAUUCGCCUCGACCGAAGCAAAUAUCGACGAUCGCGAGAGCCGGAACAUUCAAGAAACCGCUUUCGGCGCCGAAGGAAGCUCAGGAAGAACAAGUCGUGUCGUGACCUGCUCCUGGCACAACAGCACGGCGACUAGCACGGGCACGGCAAGCUCCCUCUGGGCACGGAAUAAUAAAACGGAUUCGGCCACUGACACUCCAGGACGCGACACGGAACCCAUGGAUACAGGAUCAACUUAAGCGAGCAUCGUCUUAAGCAUUGCCCAGGGCAAGCACUGAAUUACACUAAAAAAAAAUUCGUGCGCGGCACCCGGCUUCAUAUGUAAACGUAUUAAUCGAUUUCUGAUUUCUGAAUUUAUAUGAUGGAUUCAUUUGUGAGUAAGACUAAAAAUAAAUGACGCUACCGAUUCAAU